GGCCUCGCCCGGCGCUUGCGCUGGGGCGGCGGGGCCGCGGCUCCGCCCUCGGCGAGUCCCGGGCGCUGCGGGCUGAGCGCGGUGCUGGCCCUGCUCUGCCCCUGCUCGGAGCCUCGGUCCGGCCUCACGCUGCGAGGGAGCCGCGCACCGGCGGCGGAGGGGAAAGCAGACAGAUGCAUGUGAGUGCCCCAUGGCUGCAGCUGCCUCAGUUCAUUCAUUUAUUGCCUAUUGUAACUUGGAAGCGUUCUUUAGGUCGGUUCAUCUUCUGGGACCCAUCCCUGCCUUCUGGUUAAGGAAUCCAUGCACACAUACAGGAUGACUCAACAGUGGGAUGGAUGUUCAGAUACCAGAAAGGUGCUGGUAACUUGACAGGAACCUCCACAUUCCUUGGAGAGACCUAUUGUAUGUGCGACGUUUCAGGAACCUGUGCAGUUUGAAUACGUUGGAUAAUUGCAUUCUGAAAUUUUCACGAUGAAGAGAACUGGGCAGAAGGUGGUGGCUGGAACUGAAGCUCCUGGAACAUCACAGACAAGCAAAAAACAGAAAACUAGUAUAUGUGGCUCAGGGUUUGGGGAAUCUGACCCGUGCACCUCGAUGGACUGGGGCAGCCUUCCACACCACGUGAUUCUGCGUGUUUUUCAGUUCCUGACUUUAGUGGAUCGAGCCAGGGCAUCUUCUGUUUGUCGAAGGUGGAAUGAAGUUUUUCACAUCCCAGAUCUCUGGAGGAGAUUUGAAUUUGAACUCAGCCAGCCAGCCACUUCUUAUUUAAAGUCUACACAUCCGGAUCUCAUUCAGCAGAUUAUCAAGAGGCACGCUGACCAUCUGCAGUACGUCAGCUUCAAGGUUGAUAGUAGUACUGAGUCAGCAGAAGCAGCCUGUGACAUCCUUUCUCAGUUGGUGAACUGUUCUAUCAAGACACUGGGUUUGAUCUCUACAGCAAAACCAAGCUUCAUGAAUGUCUCUAAGGCUCAUUUUGCAUCAGCACUGACUGUAGUUUUUGUGAACUCUAAGUCAUUGUCAUCAAUCAAAAUAGAUGAUACACCCCUUGAUGAUCCUUCCUUGAAGGUUCUUGUUGCUAACAACAGUGAUACUCUGAAACUGCUAAAAAUGAGCAGCUGUCCUCAUGUUUCACCUGCUGGCAUUCUUUGUGUGGCUGAUCAGUGCCAUGGACUUAAAGAGCUGGCUUUGAACUACUACAUAUUAAGUGAUGAACUGCUGCUGGCUCUUUCAAGUGAAAAACACGUUGAUCUCGAACACCUUCGCAUCGAUGUUGUGAGUGAAAAUCCUGGACAAGUUCAAUUUCACACCAUUAAAAAGCAAAGCUGGGAUGCUCUUGUUAAACACUCCCCCAAAGUCAACAUUGUGAUGUAUUUCUUCUUGUAUGAAGAUGAAUUUGACGCUUUCUUCAGAGAGGAAACACCCGUUACACACCUGUACUUCGGUCGUGCCGUGAGCAAGGCAAUGCUGGGUCGCAUUGGCAUGAACUGCCCCAGGCUGAUCGAGCUGGUGGUGUGCGCCAAUGGACUCCAGCCUUUGGAUGAUGAACUCAUCCAGAUUGCUGAGCGCUGUAAGAACCUAACGGCCAUGGGGCUGGGGGAGUGUGAAGUCACCUGCAGAGGUUUCAUUGAAUUUGUGAAGAUGUGUGGGGGCAGGCUUACUCAGCUCUCUAUAAUGGAGGAGGUGCUGAUUCCAGAUAGUGAUUACAGCUUAGAUCGGCUUCAUCUGGAAGUCUCCAAACACCUUGGAAGAAUGUGGUUUCCUGAUAUGAUGCCAACAUGGUAAAUUUUAUGUCUGGAUUAAGUGGUAGAAUCGGGGUGUCGCUUUCUAUGCAAAUAAAAAAAUUUAAAAAUUAAAUGUGAAAACUUUC